GAAGUUGGAGUCGCUUACUGACUCAGAAAAUCAGACAAGAGUGACGUGUUGGAGUCAGUUAUUUCAAGUAUCAACAAAAUCUAAGCAAUAAACGGUGCAAUCUGACCCUCUUCACUUUGUGGCCAUGGCUUCUCUCACGUGCAUUUCGAACCGCUGCUUCAGCCAUUCCUUCUCGCCAAUCCGGGUUCACUACGCACACUCUCUUCGAACCGCUCCUCCACGCGCAAUGGCCAAGCCCGGUUUCUCGCCGGCUAAAGACCAAGUCGCUUCUCCUGGCGAUUUUGAAUUUGUGCCACCUCUGAAAAUUUUGGAGUAUCCAGACCCGAAAUUGAGGGCCAGAAACAAGCGCAUAGUGACCUUCGAUGAUAGUCUCAACAAGCUUGUCCACGAGAUGUUUGAUGUGAUGUACAAAACUGAUGGUAUUGGUCUCUCAGCACCCCAAGUGGGAAUUAAUCUUCGACUUAUGGUAUUCAAUCCAGUAGGUGAACGUGGUGAAGGAGAGGAAAUUGUUCUUGUAAACCCAAGAGUUAGCAAAUACUCAAAGAAACUGACACUGUUCAAUGAAGGUUGCCUAUCUUUCCCUGGAAUUAAUGCUGACGUAAAGCGACCAGAAUCUGUGAAGAUUGACGCAUAUGAUGUCAAUGGAAAAAGGUUUUCGGUCAAUUUGUCUGACCUUCCUGCACGGAUAUUCCAGCACGAAUUUGACCAUCUGCAGGGAAUUCUUUUCUUUGAGAGAAUGAAUGAAGAAGUUCUUGAUAGUAUUCGUGGACAGUUACAGGCCCUAGAAACGAAGUACGAGGGAAUGACUGGACUCCCAAGCCCUGAAAAUAUAGGAAACCACAGGAGGAGAAAGGUCGCCGUUGGUUUUGGGAAAUUAUGAUCUUCAAGGUCUUUGUGAUGAUAAAUUUCAUUUUUCCCUUUUGCACUGAUAUAUAAUAUUUACAUUGAAUUGAAAACUGCUUCUUGAUUAUCUUAAAGGUCAAUAUUAGGCAUAAUACUAAAUUCAUCACAUACCAAACAUUUUUAGUUUGAAGUCCUUCAUAAGAUGAACCAUAGAUUUCAGAUACUGUAUAUGGUUGGUUAUAUGUUGAAGAUGUAUCAUUUAUAUAGAGAAAGUGGACUAAUGACACUGAUUAUCACUAUACUCGACGAGUUUUCUCUAGGUGCACUUCCUUGUAUUGGUGCCAUUGUUUAUACAUAGUCAUGGUGAGACAUCUCCAUUAUAACAAUGAAUUGUUAUUUCAUGUUGCCCUGAAGGGGAGAAUUGUCUUGAAGGGCUAUUUCCUUUAUUCUUUUGCUUUCUAUUAUUUUAAUCUAUUCUAAAUAUUUAGCCCUA